AGGAUGCGGGGCCGGAAGCUGAGCGAGGGGCGGCGCGGACCUCUGGGGGCGGGUGAUUGUUGUUGGGGCCGUCGAGGCGGCUGCGACUCUGCGUCCCCGGCUCCGGAUGGAGGCGGGGCCGCAUCCCCAGCCGGGGCACUGCUGCAAGCCUGGGGGGCGGCUGGACAUGAACCACGGCUUCGUGCACCAUAUCCGACGGAACCAGAUCGCUCGGGACGACUAUGACAAGAAGGUGAAGCAGGCGGCCAAGGAGAAGGUGAGGAGGCGGCACACGCCCGCGCCGACGCGGCCCCGCAAGCCAGACCUGCAGGUGUACCUGCCGCGACACCGAGAUGUCUCUGCCCACCCACGCAACCCAGACUAUGAAGAGUCCGGUGAAAGCAGCAGUAGUGGAGGCUCUGAGCUGGAGCCUUCUGGCCAUCAGCUCUUCUGCUUAGAAUACGAGGCAGACAGUGGAGAGGUCACAUCAGUUAUCGUCUAUCAGGGUGAUGACCCAGGAAAGGUGAGUGAGGAGGUGUCGGCACACACGCCUCUGGAUCCACCCAUGCGAGAAGCCCUCAAGUUGCGUAUCCAGGAGGAGAUUGCAAAGCGCCAGAGCCGACACUGACCAUGUUGAAGGCAUUCUCUCCAGGCUGGAUUCACUGCACUCGGAAGAAUUCUGCCCAGGGAAUUUAGUGUGGGGGUACCAGGACCAGUUUGACUGAUCUUGAGACCCCCAGAGCUGCUGCAUCCAUAGGGUGUUGCAGGACUACACCUGGCCUGCCUUGCAGUCAUUCUUUCUUAUAUGUUGACCCAUUUGCCCAGCCUGAUAUUCCGGAAUUUUUUUUUUUUUUUUUUUUUGAGAAUUUUGUGUGGCUAAUGUGUUCUAGAAGCAGAGACUCCAGGGAGAAGCAGAAUUUAUGAAGCCUCGUGCCAACAUGGUGCUUUCUCACUGAGGUCAUAUGCCUGGCUGCUGCUGUUCCACUCAGCUCCAUGAGCCAUGUUUGUUAUUUUAUGUUUCCUCUGUGCUUUUGCUCAUUUCCACCCAUGUGUUCAUAGACCUUUUUUCAGCCCUUUUUCUUUGUUCCUUUCCCUCAUCUUUUUGCCUCAGGUAGAAUCCAUCAGUUCUCCUCCCCCUCCAACAUGACUGUGUACCUCCAGCUGCUCAGGACUUUGGAGGUGGGGGCGGGGCCUGGGGAUCUACCUUUCUAAAAAACUCUCCAAGUAAUUCUGAUACCAAUAAAGUGGGAGACCUCCAUUUUUGAGGCCUAUUUGCAAGCAUGUCUCCCUCCCUUUCCAUGGCUUUUUCGUUUCUCGCAUGUUCCACUGCUUUGCACUGUCUAGACAGGAAACCUAGGAAGAUGUUGGUGCUAAACUGCAAAGAUUUCUUACAGCAAAACCUGCCUCGGCCAGGGCUACAGAAUUCCAACUUUCAACUUCAUUCCUAGCCGUGAACAGACUGUCCUCUGCUCAGACUAAAAGGGAAUUAUAAAACAAGUGGGAACUUACUCUCCAGUUGUGACUUAACAGUUCUGAACAUACCUACAAAGGGAAAGUCAAUAUUAGCAAUAAUUGCCUGAUUGACAGCACGCCAGAGGGAAUGAAAUGAGGCCUUCUUUCCUACCUCCCAGGAGUACGUAACUCAGAUCCUUAGUAUAAAGAUCCCCAGGAAUACCACUGCUCUAACCCGGUGAACAUUUUUUCUAAUGCAGGGUUAGGCUUACGUCUGAAUUCCACAAGACAUCCUCCCCCUCCAGUACGGAAGUUCCAAGGCACUUGUUUUCCAGCAUAUCAGCCUAACCUCAGUGCCUUGAAAUAUGGCUUUAAGCCUUUGAGAACUGAGAUUUCCUGAAACCAUAGGCCCUUGCCCCAGGGGUUUCUCCACAUCCGGGUGUUAAGACACCUGAUGGCACUGUUGGUUUGUCCCCUAUACCCCAGAAAAUCUAUCCUGCAAGGUAGCUACUUCAAUCAUGUCAUUAAAAUGUGGCAAGUCACAGCUCGCAAUGCCAAAGGAAUGCUGGGGCAGUAAGUGAGGUGGAUAAGUGAGAAGGGCCUGGUGGUGAAAGCGGCCAGGGACCAGAAUGCUCCAGACCUACAAAGCUGGUCAAGGUUAAGUGCCUUAAACUUACCAAUCCUGGGCUCAGUUCUCCUUUGAAAGGAGAAAGUCUUUGUCCUCUACUUAGGCAACCGGGCUAGAAGUGCCUUUUGACUUCUAAUGUUAACUACCCUCCAAAGCCUCCUGGUCAGAGAACCAGUCAGUCAUUCCAGUCUUCCAGUCCUCAAACUGAUCUGAUGACUUGGAACAUAGGAUUUCACUGCAAGUCUGGCUUUUUAGUCUGGAAAUACUUUUGAGGUCUUUUCACAGCUGGAUCACCUGUUUCCUGGUUUUAUUACACAAUUCAGAAGGCUAGAAGAGGAGUUUGGGGGCUUGGCACAUGAAAAUUUAGAGCCCAUUCUUAAGGAAGAGGUAGGGAGGCCAAGGCGGGUGGAUCAUGAAAUCAGGAGAUCCAGACCGUCCUCGCUAACACAGAGAAAACCCGUCUCUACUAAAAAUACAAAAAAUUAGCCGGGCGUGGUGACAUGCACCUGUAGUCCAUCCCAGCUACUCGGGAGGCCGAGGCAAGAGAAUCGCCUGAACCUGGAAGGUGGAGGUUGCAGUGAGCCGAGAUCACGCUACUGCACUUCCGGCUGGGCAGCAGAGCGAGACUCCAUCUCAAAAAAAAAGAAGAAGUAAAAGGCAAGGCAGCAUUUAAUAAGUACCUGUUGUAUCCUUUUAAGUGUUUGUUGUGGUAAUCUUCACAAAGACCGGGACUGAUGGAAACUCCUUGCUAUUAAACUUUUUUUCUUGAGGAA